AUGUUGUCCAAGCCAAUCCGCGAGCGCGGCUACGCCCUCGGCCUCGCCCUCGUGGCCACAGGCUCCCUCGUCUCCGCCGGUCCCUGUGACAUCUACGCCUCCGGCGGCAACCCCUGCAUCGCCGCCCACAGCACCACCCGCGCCCUCUACAGCGCCUACACCGGCUCCCUCUAUCAGGUGAAGCGCGGCUCCGACGGUGCCACGACCAACAUUGCGCCCCUCUCCGCCGGCGGCGUUGCCAACGCGGCCGCUCAGGACACCUUCUGCUCCGGAACGACCUGCCUCAUCUCGGUCAUCUACGACCAGUCCGGCAAGGGCAACCACCUGACCCAAGCCCCCGGCGGCGCCUUCAGCGGCCCCGACGUCAACGGGAACGACAACCUCGCCAGCGCCAUCGGCGCCCCCGUCACUCUCAACGGCCAAAAGGCCUACGGCGUCUUCAUCUCCCCCGGCACCGGCUACCGCAACAACGCCGCCGUCGGCACCGCCAUCGGCGACGUGUCCGAGGGCAUGUACGCCGUCCUCGACGGAACUCACUACAACGGCGGCUGCUGCUUCGACUACGGCAACGCCGAGACCAGCAGCACCGACACGGGCAACGGCCACAUGGAGGCCAUCUACUUUGGCGACAACACCGGCUGGGGCACUGGUGCCGGCAGCGGACCCUGGUUGAUGGCGGAUCUCGAGAACGGCCUCUUCUCCGGCGUCAACCCCAAGAACAACGCGGGCGACCCGUCCAUCACGGACCGCUUCUUCACCGCCGUUGUCAAGGGCGGUCCCAACCUCUGGGCCCUCCGCGGCGCCAACGCCGCCUCGGGAGGCUUGACCACGUACUACAGUGGCGUGCGGCCUAACGCGUCGGGCUACAACCCCAUGAGCAAGGAGGGCGCCAUCAUCCUCGGCAUCGGCGGCGACAACAGCGUCAGCGCCCAGGGCACCUUUUACGAGGGCGUCAUGACCUCGGGCUACCCCUCCGACGCGACGGAGAACUCUGUCCAGGCCAACAUUGUCGCGGCAAAGUACGCCACCACUUCCCUGAACAGCGGCACCGCCCUCACCGUCGGCAACUCCAUCUCCCUGCGCGCCACGACCUCCGGCUACACCGACCGCUACCUCGCGCACACCGGCUCGACCGUCAACACCCAGGUCGUCACCUCGUCCAGCACCACGGCCCUGAAGCAGCAGGCCAGCUGGACCGUCCGCACCGGCCUCGGCAACAGCGGGUGCUACUCAUUCGAGUCCAAGGACACGCCGGGCAGCUUCAUCCGCCACUACAACUUUGAGCUGGCCGUCAACGCCAACGACGGCACCAAGCAGUUCAAGGAGGAUGCUACCUUCUGCACGCAGUCUGGAAUCAGCGGCACCGGCAGCUCGUUCCGUGCGUGGAGCUACCCUACCACCUACUUCCGUCACUACAACAACCUGGGAUACGCUGCGAGGAACGGCGGUGUUCACACUUUUGACUCUGCUACUUCCUUCAACGCGGACGUGAGCUGGGUUAUUGCUACUGGCUUUGCUUAA